AUGAACAACAGUGCUGUUAUUUUACGGAGGAUGGAACCAACCAUUCCUGUCAUUAUGUUUAUUUUUGGUGUGAUAAGCAACUUGAUUGCCAUCGUCGUGCUUUGCAAAUCCAGAAAAGAGCAGAAAGAGACAACGUUUUACACCUUAGUUUGUGGACUUGCGGUAACUGAUCUUCUAGGGACCGUCCUUGCAAGUCCUGUUACCAUUGCAACUUAUGUAAAAGGGUCGUGGCCGGAUGGAGAUCCGCUGUGCCAGUAUUUUGGAUUCGUUCUGCUCUUCUUUUCUUUAGCAGGACUAAGCAUAAUAUGUGCUAUGUCCGUGGAGAGGUACAUAGCAAUCAACCACGCUUAUUUCUACAACGAUUACGUUGACAAAAAACUCGCAGGUUUCACGCUUUUUGCAAUUUACGUUUCAAAUAUACCAUUUUGCGCUUUGCCAAGUAUGGGAUUUGGUGAGGUGAAAAUGCAGUACCCACAAACCUGGUGCUUCAUUGACUGGAGAACUAAUAAGACUACGCAUGCUGCUUUCUCAUACAUGUAUGCUGGUGUUAGCUCUGCUCUUAUUCUGUCGACUGUGAUAUGUAAUAUACUAGUGUGCGGUGCAUUGAUCAGAAUGCACCGAAGAUUUGUACGAAGAACGUCAUUAGGGACUGAACAAGGAAGAGCGCCGGAGUCCGGGAGGAACCGCAACUUUGGACGGCUGGCUGGUGCUGAACUCCAAAUGGUCAUUUUGCUCAUAGCCACGUCUGCCGUGGUCCUCAUUUGCUCCAUUCCACUUGUCGUGCAGGUGUUUGUCAAUCAAUUGUACAAUGUUCCAGUGGAAACAAGGUUGGACAAGAAUCCUGAUCUUCUGGCAAUCCGUUUUGCUUCAAUCAAUCCUAUUUUGGAUCCCUGGAUCUACAUCUUACUCAGAAAAGCAGUACUCUUGAAACUCAUCGAAAACGUCAAGUGUCUGUUCUGCAAGCUCGGAGCUCAGGGCCAGCAGAGGCGAAGCAGCUUUCAGCGUAUGGAGGAGCAGCGAGUCUCGUCCACCUCCUCCAUACCCUCCCCAUCAUCUCUCAGGGAGGUCACGAGCACCUCCCAGACUCUGCUCUAUCUGUCUGAAGCCAACAAGGUCUUCCCGGGAGGCAGUCAUCCUAGUCAGUGUGGGUCCAGCCCAUCUGUGGACCACUCCUUCAAAGACCUCAGCUUGGGAUCCUCCAAUAGGAACAGCGUAGAUAGUGAGUCUGCAGCCUGCCCAAACACUAGCCCCAUAAACACCACCACUCGUACUUCUUGCUCAAAAGCCAAGCCUCUUCAAGUUACUUUGUCCAACAUGAGCUUCCAGGAGAAAGGUAUUUAGA